AUGUAUGUACGUGCACAUGCGGGAAGCAAGUUUCGAGUGGAACAUGGAAAUAAGGCGGCUGGAGCCAGCUCUCGAAAUGGCCCCGAGAGGAAGUGGACAGCUCAAUCACGGCACUGUACCAAUAAGGGAUGUUGCGCUAUGGCUGACUGCUAUAAGUUAGGGCGAGGGGCGAUGUUGACAAAUAAAAUUCCAAGCUGUAUGUUUCUACGAGAUCAAAAAGGUAAAACCAGUUUGAAGAAGGGAGAAAUCGAGACUGCUAUGGGGAAUGGCAGGGAUUCGCUGACUGUGGCAACAGCACCAUCACAACAUUUAAUGAACGGGUGUGCAUGCUCAAAGUAUACCUACCGGAUGAGCAAUUAA